ACGCCCCGUUACGUUAAGGAAAAGUCGCGACGUAAACAAAUAUCAAUAAAUAUACAUUAUCUUAAAUAUUCUUUGUUAAAAACACUAAGGGGUCGUUGAGAAUUAAACAUAUUGGCGAUGGAUAGUGAAAUUGCUGUGAAACGAGUUAAAUAUCGUGAUUGAUAAUCAAAUGAGAUAUCAAUGCGCUCUUCGGUGAGCUACAUUCUGUCUCACGCGCCAGGAGAGUCGGUGAUGUCGCACCCUGACUACUCACAGCAUGCCCAGCACCAUGCGUGCCUGCUGGUGCUCGUCAAGGGCAUCGGCGGGAUGCUCAAGAACUUUAACAAGCUCUGGGAGAGGAUACAGAGGGUCAACAAUAUUAAAGUUACUGAUUCAACUGGCCAAGUAAGAGACAUAUGGGUGAGAUAUGUCCGAGAUUAUCCUGUGGAGAACAAUGAUUGGGGUGAUUUCCAAACUCACAGGCGAUUACUAGGUCUAAUAACACUAAGUAAGUUCACAAACCAAGUGGAACUGAAUGAAGUAUGCAGAGUCCAUGAAUCACUAAAGGUGAAAUAUUCCAACACCCUGUAUGACUCGCGCGCCUUCAUGUUCGGUCCGGUCAGUAACAUGAAGAAACCAGAACAGGAACCUGAGACUUACAGCUAUUAUGAGGAGGACAAGCCUUUGAAAGAUGGGACCAGUGAUAAAGCAUCUCUACCAAGUGAUCAAGCAGACAGUCUAACCUCCUUAGAAAGCUUCCCUCCAUCCACAUCUUCAAACUCCUCAUACCCACUACAAGAGGAACACUUCACUACUCCAUCCAACUUCAAGACCCAUGCCAUGUUCUAUGGGGAGAAUGACCCAGUGCCAGAUCUAGAACAAAAUGUAGCUGACCUCAUCAACUCUCUGUUCUGGGUGGUAGAGUCCAAACGUUUGGAGAGGUCCAAGGAGAAAUUGGACAAAGUUUCAUUGUUACUGGCGCCUUUCGAGAAGAAAGAUUUUGUUGGUCUCGACAUGGAGUCACGUAACAAUAAGAAACGUUGUAUGGGCCGUGUGACCAAGAACCUGGCAGAUCUGACGCUUCAAGCCGGUCUAGUUGCAGACAGUUUGAGUCUAUAUAACUCUUCCACUGAACUACUCAAGACUGACUGGCUGUGGCUGGCUGCAGCCAAAGAAGGCCUCUGCACAGCUUCAGCAAUACUUCUUUAUCCGAACCUUCGGAAUCCCACCCCCUUACAUCGGAACGCAAGUCUCCAAGAAAAUUCUCCUAACAAAGCGAAGCAGCUCUCUCUAUUUCAACCUAAUUCUGACUCUUUAAGGAAAUUGAAGCUUAAUUCUUCUCCCUUAAGGACAUCGAAAACUUCUAGUCCCGUCAAUCCACCGAGUGAAUUGACCCCCACUUCUUCAGACAGUGUCGAGACCUCCUCUAGACAAUCGGAAACUGACAAUGCGGACUCUGAAUCUCUUGCGUCCUCCAGCGAUAUUGAGUACCAAAGCCACAAGUCUUUCCUAGCUCCCGACCUCCCAUCUAUUCCUCGACAACCACCUUCUCAAAUUACUAAUCAAUUUUUACUAAACGGAGAAGAAAUCGCUGAGAAAUAUCGCGAAGCCAUAAUGGACUAUAGCAAGUAUAAGAAUGCUGGUGUGAUCGAAACCGAGGCUUGCUUCAAAGCGGCCAGGAUUGCAGUAGAACAGUGUAACAGUUUACAUGCUUCCAGUUUCUUACAAAAUGUUAUUUUUAUCAAUUUGACUUUGAGCGAACAGGAGAAGAUUCAGCGGUUCGAAACUUUGGCGGAACUUUAUAAGGAAAUUGGUUUCCAUCGCAAGGCUGGUUUUUGUCAGCGCCUGGCCGCCACUCGACAGGUGAGCCCCAACAAUCCGAGUCCAGACUGGCAGAAAUGUUACUAUCUGAUGCUGCAUAGCUUCCCAGGGUACAAGCUCAGUUUGGAUCCCAACUACGUCAUACAACAUCAAGUUGGUUGGCCGGCACUUCAAAUCCAGUUACUACAAGAGCUGGUAGUAGCCUCCCGCCGCAUGGGACACCCCGCUCUCGCGACCAGACAUAUGACCUUCCUACUGCAGACCAUGUGGCCACAUCUGUCCAGGCAGGAACACCGAGAGUUAGCCAUACAGCUACAGGCUUUGUCAGCACAAUGUGAGGGUGGGCCAGUUCCCCUAGUCCUAGAAACAGGUGAAGUGAUACCUCCUGCAAACUUGACCCAUGUGCCUCAUUGUUCGUGGUUCAACACUCGUCCGCUCCCACCUGCGCGGGCGCCGCAUCUAAGGCAGGCCAAGCCUACGCACGGGCCGUUCAUAUUCACACCCAUACACUUCGGCAGUUUGGAGAGAAAUGCUAAAAAGGAUGAGGGGAAAAUGGAAUACCUGUGGGUAGAAGAUGACAUAUGCGAAGUGCAAAUGAAGCUCACAAACCCAUUACCAUUUGAGCUGAAAGUGUCAAACAUGAGACUUUUAACGUCAGGCGUUGUAUUCGAAUCUAUACCGGAGACAAUAAUCCUCCCACCGGACUCCCCAACAACAGUAAACCUACACGGGACGCCAAAAGAAGUAGGAGAGUUGCAGAUAUUAGGAUAUUCAACACAUACAUUAGGUGUUAAGUCGAAUUGUCGUCUGAAAAACAUGCCAACGCCCCAUAAGUUCCCCGCCUCUUACACCAUCGAAGUGAUACCAAGUUUGCCCACCAUUACAAUCGAGACGUUAGUAGCGCCCUCUGGGAAUUCGCACCUGUCUAGCGUGGAGAAUGUUGGCAGUACCACGAAUAUCUCGCUGUUUAAUGGAGAAAGUACUGACUGCUCUAUAAGGAUUACCAAUACUAGUAAUGUUAAUAUUGAACACCUUGAGUUGGCUAUUCAGUCUAACAUGGACAGCCAACUCCAAUCAAAAGUAUUCCAGUAUUCAAAUGAGGACAUACAAUCUCUUCUACCAAUCCCACCAAAUGAGACUGCGACUAUCACCAUAAAGUUGUAUGGAGAAGCAGAUUUCUUGGACUUGGGCGGUGUUGGGGGUGAAAAUUUGUUCCCCAAUAGUUUGAACUCAAAUUAUCCAUCAAGGGUCGGGUCUCCAGUACCUAAUGCUCAAACUUCGCUACCAACUCAGAGCUCGAAUCCGCAAACGUCUUUGAGUAGUGGACUUAUACCUAACAGGACUUCAGGCAGCUUCAGGUCAACAAACUCACACACAACAAGUUGGUCGGCUCCAAUUUCAGUGAUGUCGCCAUCUAGGGGGCGACAAGUAGAAACGCAGCUAAUAAUCAGAUAUUCGGGAGGCGAAGGUAAAGAGACACACUGCCGUCAAUCGACUCUUCAAAUCAACUUGGAACUUCUUCCGAGCGUAUCUAUUACACACUGGGAUGUUCUGCCGGCAGAGAUUCCUUCUCAACUUUACCUAGUACUCGACGUGACAAACUUGACAUCUGAGGAGAUGGAUUUCCACUACGCUCCGAGCAAACACAUCCUGAUUGAGAGCAAGGAGUCGUGUCGAGUGCCCGUGCCACUAGACCGAUGUCCCUUCAAUGCUACAGCCAACAAACCUGCUGACGAAGAUCUCGUUGAAUCUAAAUCAAUAAACACGGGUUCAUCUACAAACAGCUUGGAGCUGAUGUGUUCGGAGCACAUUACAAACAAUAUAUCGCUGCGCUGGCAUCUGAUGCAGUCGGACAUCACGGGCCGAGCGUCCGUCAAGGGCAUCACGCUAUCACAAGCCAUGAUGGACAUUGUUAGAAUGUCGCCGUUGAAUUGGGAAGUGAGUGUCAACAGCCAGUGUAUAAAGCCGCAAGAAGAAUACAACUGUACGGCGGGAGAGUGUCUGUCCCUAGGAGUGGCAGUGUGGAACCAUCUCAGUAGACCUCUACACAAACUGUGCCUGUCCGUACAGUUCUACCAGGACUAUAACAACGGAGUACUGAGCUACAAACUUGAUAACAGAGUUGCUACCGCUGGGAAUAAUAAAGUGGUACUCACAACAUUACCAGAGUCAGCAAAGGCAUACCACGAGUGCACCGUUGUGUUCCUAACUCCAGGCGAAUAUAAAAUCGACAUUCAAUGCUCCACUACUGAACCGAUACUUGACGAAGUUCCGCUCAUCAAGGAAACUGAACACCCAUCGAUAAUACAGCCUUGCGCCGGAGAAGUCAGCCACAUUUGGCGGUUUAUACCUCCUGUAGCUAUAAGUGUUACUGAUUAAAAUAAAAAUAUUGAAUACUCGUUUUGCAUUUGGAGUGUAUCGUAUGACGCGCUUAAUCCACAAAGUAUCGUCAGCAUCAGCCGGCGACAGUUCACUGCUGGAAUAUAGUUUCUCUACAUAAGAUCGUUUAUCAUAAUCUCUUGUGGGUUAGGGAUUGCAGUAUUAUGUACCACAAAGUAUAUCGAUAUAUAAUUACUGUAUCAUUUUAACGCUAGCGACACCCUCCGUGUGCAAAAGGAUAUGAACAUUGUUGUUCGCAAACGAUUAUAAUGACGCCGACAAGUCAACUUUUAGCGUUUGCGUACAGCUGACACCAAAAUUAUUAAAUUAUUUACAUAUUUAUGACUGUAUUAUUUAAAAGACUUCAUUU